AGUGUCAGUUCAGCUCCUGUCAGCGUCGCUGAAGAGGACGAAAGUGACCUACUGUGAUAAAAACAUAAUGCGUGCUUUCCAAGUGUUGGUAUUGGUUGCGGUCUGUGUCGCUGCAAACGCAGGCUACAUUGGCUACGCUGAUGCAGGUUAUGGGGGGCUUCAAGGAUACUCGGAUGGAGGAUACCAAGGAGCUGAUGACGGACAUGCCGAUUAUUACGCUUAUCCCAAAUAUGCCUACGAUUAUUCUGUAAGUGACCCACACACUGGAGACCACAAAUCCCAGUGGGAGUCUCGCGAUGGCGAUGUUGUUAAAGGUGCAUAUACAUUAGCCGAACCAGAUGGCACCACUCGUAUAGUAGAGUAUACCGCUGACAAACACAACGGAUUCAAUGCAGUCGUCAAGCGUAUCGGACACGCUCAACAUCCACAAGUCUACAACACACACAAUGACGGUGCUGGUUACUACGGAUACCACUAGAUGGCGCUAUUAUAAAAAAUAGUCUCACUACAGAUAGUGAUGUACAAAUAAAUAACUACAAACUUCGUAUGUGUAUCGCAUAAUUGAAAAAUGUUUCAAGCAUUUAUAAUUAUGCGAUAUUUGUAUUUGUAAAUAUUCCUGCCAUCUGAUACCUAUUUAUUCUUGUUUAUUAGCAUGUAAGAUUUUGACGGUAAAAUUGUUGCUGUUCUUUAAGACCAAAACAAAAUAUAUAAUUUGUAAUACA